AUGACUGCGAAAACGAAAGUCGCCCUACAAUCCGAAGGCGUCCUCAUCCUACCCUUCGGUCCACUCUUAUCGAUAAAGUGGAUAGUUCACGGGAUAUUCUCAUGAACUCUUAUCACUGUGCUAACCACAAAACCCCGCCUCUCGCUGCCUUUCUCUUUGUUGCAUUUCUGUUCUGCCAUUCCCUACCAUCAAGUCCGAAUUUAUCCUCUGAAGGAUUUGAAACACAAACAUUACUUCCUACUCUUUUGUAUGAUAGUAGAUACUGAGUCUUCUAAAAGACCCACAUACUAUUUUUCAUGAGAACCUAUCCCACAGCUCAAAACCUUUGUAGGCGGUUAACAUGAUUUUCACUGAAAAAAAAACUUUUCUGGUUCAAAUCAGAAUUUUUUCAUUGAUUUUCCCCCGAAAAACUGUAGCCGUUAAAAAAAUGUAUUGUCCACUCAUAGAAUCUAAAAAUUAUUAGAAACUAGAGUUGUCAAUUUUGAACUCAUUACUCAUUACAAAGAAUGUUCUAGUUAACCAUAAUUAUUAUUGUCACGCAAACUAUCAAAAUAAAAAAAUUAACGUGUUUCUACUUUUCAGGCAUAACCUCUGCUUGGUGAGAAAAAUGUCGUCGGUUUCGAAGCCUCCGGUGAGCGUCGCAGUCCAAAAGUCCUCGUUCUACACUUUUUUGGUCAACCUGAUAUGCGUACCAGCUAUUUGCAGGUUCUUUUCCAAAAAAAUGAAGUUUCGAAAAAUACAACAUUCUUCAGAUUCCUGGGAGCUUUUUUCGCGAAUGCAAGCGAACGACUCGACCUAGACGUCGAGCCAGUCAAGUUUCGCAAAACAUUCGGAAAGAAGAACGAGAACAACAAUGAGUCAGUUUUUGAGGACUUUUUUGGAUCAUUUCGAGUUUACAGAUACCCUCAGUCAACGGUGAUGCGUAUUCACAAGCCGUUCCACUUUUGCUGGGUGAUGCUACUCGAUCCGAAGAUUGGUCUCGGCGAGUCUUAUAUGGCCGGCGACUGGAGCGUCACGCCCAACCCCACAGAGUUCUUGCGUCUACUCAUUCGUGCCAAAAGUCAGUCCAGUGAAAUGUUCUCAUUUCAAUUCCCAUCUCAGAACAAACGACGAAUGCCAGAGCCGAGAGAUCUGGACCAAGAGAAAAAAGUUUGAGCACAAAACUAGCCUUGGUUCUGCUGGAAGCGCUGCGUGGUGCGGUUAAAGUUAUUUACUACGCUCAACACUGGCUCCACGAGAAUACCGUCAUACAGAGCACCAAGAAUAUUCAAGGUUACUGAUAAAAGAAAACCAUGUUUCAUCUUUACUGUUCAAGCUCAUUAUGAUCUGGGUAACGACAUGUUCAAGUUGUUUCUCGACAAAACGAUGACCUAUUCGUGUGGAAUUUUUGAAGGCGAGUUGAUUUUUUUUCGUUUUUAGACCUAUUUACAUACAUAGUCAUUGAUGUCAGACACAAGAGGAAGGAAUUGGUUUUGUAUUUUUUACAAUUUUUAAAUAGUUCAUUCGCCGAAUUUGUUUGCAAAAAAAUAGUUUUUUUAUUUGUUUUCUAGCGGUGAAUUUAUAUUAAUUUAUUGCCCAAAAAGCAUUAUUAUCUAAUUCAAUCUUCUGUGUUUCUUUGAAUUGAGAAAAUCUCAGAUUCUGACGUGAACAUGCCAGUGAAAGGCGUCGAUUUCGACAAAUUGGAGGAAGCUCAGAAAAGAAAAAUCGAUACAUUGUUAGACCAACUUGAGCUUGGACCUGACGACCAUGUUCUGGAAAUUGGAUGCGGAUGGGGAGCAGCUGCCAUUCGCGGCGUUCAAGUGAGAAACUUGAAUUUUUUAAAUGUCCUAUCUGUAACUGAAUGCAAACGCUUUGAUUUCUCAGCGCUCUGGCUGCAAAUGGACAGGAAUCACGAUUUCUCGCGAGCAACUUGACUGGGCAAGAGGGAAAGUAGCAGAGGCAGGCUUGGAAAGUCGCAUCAAUCUGGAAUUCCAAGACUAUCGGUAAAUUGCUUCUUUAAAAGGGAAUCAAUACAAACUGAAAUUGCUAUAGAUUGGUGCAAGGAACGUUCACCCGAAUCGUUUCAAUCGAAAUGAUAGAGGCCGUAGGCGAGAAGUUCCUCCCGCAAUACUUCCAAAUAAUAAACGACCGACUAACCGACAACGGAAUAGCCGCCAUACAGGUCCGCAUUUCGGCCGCACAGCCUCAUCCUUCCCAAAUUCAGGCUAUCAUUUGUCCUGACGCCUAUUAUGACCGUUAUCGUAGCUCCUCAGACUUCAUCAAAAAAUAUAUAUUCCCAGGAGGACACUUGCCAUCUUUGGGUUCACUUCUGUGGUUUUUUAUCUUUUCAAAUAUUUUUUCAAGGUGCUAUCGAGGAAAGUGUUCCGCCGACUUUGAAGCCAGCGAAAAUUGCUUCAUAUGCACAUCACUACUCUACUACACUACAACAUUGGUACUGGUGAGUUUUAAGCGAGACCCAGAACUGAAUUCGUAUUCUCUGAACUGUUAAGGGCUUGGAUGGACGCCGAGAAGAAAAUUGAGGAGUUCAACUACCCUUCGGACUUCCACCGACGAUGGCAGUUCUACUUCUGUCUUUGCGCCGCCCUUUUCAGUAGCGAACACAUCGACGUCGUUCAGAUCUGCUUCCACAAAGGCGGCUCUGCCAAGUCCAUCAACCUAGUCAAUUGA